AUGGCAGAGCACCACCAUUCAAGCGAAUCUAACUCCUCUGAUUCUGACAUUGAAGAAACCGAUGUUAUUGAUCCAAUAUUGGUAGCCACGAAUGCUGGAGCAAGCCUAACUGUUCCACAAAGCGCUUCAAUUUCUCGUAAGCGAAAAAUACAUGUCAACCAAGGCAAAUACAAAGGAAGAGGAAGCAGUUUGUCUGCAGUCAAGAGUGUAAGUACUUGGGACAGGUUGAAGGAAUAUCCAAAUCAAUAUUUGGCAGUGGUGAGUGAACCCUCCGUUGUAAUGCCUGUAGUGAAAUGCUUUCCUUGAAGAAAAGUUCACUUGACAAACACGUCAAGUCAAGCAAGCAUACCAGAGGAAUUUCUCGUAUUUCGAAAGAUAAGAAAGAGAGCCAGUCAAUCUUACAGUGUUUGCAAAGAAUUGAUACGCAAGAUCAUGGAAGCGGGUCGACUUUACCACAAGAUAUGCGACUGUUUCGGUUUGAGAUAG